CGUAGAGGGUGGACUUUGCUCCUCUCGCGGGCAAAUUUCAAUCUCCAAGCUGAGCGUCUCGUUUCUGCGAGCGGAUCCGGCAAGGAACAGGAAGGCGUGAUGGUGCACUGUCUAAAUUCCAUCGCGGCGGUGAGCAAGAACAUGGGCAUUGGGAAGAACGGAACGCUCCCUUGGCCUCCUCUCAGGAAUGAGUUUAAGUAUUUUCAGAAAAUGACCAAGACUGCUACAAAAGAAGGAAAACAAAAUGCUGUAAUAAUGGGUAAAAGGACCUGGUUCUCUAUUCCUGAGCAAUCUCGCCCUUUAAAAGGUAGAAUCAAUAUAGUACUCAGCAAGGAACUGAAGGAAAUUCCUAAAGGAGCCCAUUACCUGGCCAAAAGUCUAGAUGAGGCACUUGAUCUUAUAGAAUCACCUGAGUUGGCAAGUAAGGUAGACAUGAUUUGGAUAGUUGGAGGUGCGUCAGUUUAUAAGGCAGCAAUGGACAAACCUGUUUUUCAACGACUGUUUUUAACAAGAAUCUUCCAUGAUUUUGAAAGUGAUACAUUCUUUCCAGAAAUUGAUCUUGAAAAAUACAAACUUCUACCUACCUAUGACGGUGUCCCUGUUGAUAUCCAGGAAGAGAAUGGCAUUCGGUACAAAUUUGAAGUCUAUGAAAAGAACAUUUAGACCUUAGUUGAUAUGCUUCUGUACACCUAUUUCUUAAUCCACCUAUUUUGCAGAAUGAAUUAUAAUCUUUGCCUACUUUGCAUGUUUUCUAUGAGGAAAAAGAAGUUAAGCUAAGCAUUUCCCACUCCCAGCUGUAGAAGCUACCUAUCUUGACAAAGAAGACAGCUACUACUGUAGCAAAGCAACAAAGAACUUUGCAAAAGAUAGCCUAACUGCAAUUAAGGAAGCAGCAGGUGUUUCUCCUUUUUUAUUCCAGAGUGCAGGUGAAAAACAUGAUCCUAUGUAAAAUUGCAUAGGGUACUGAGAUUUAUUUCCAAGAAAAUAUGCAUAGGCUCAGUUGUAACCAAAUCUCUUUCACAUCUCUCACAUCUCUGGCUCUAUCUUUCUUCCUCUUCAGCUUCCCAGGCAAAUUUAAGUGCUGUUGUGGACAAAUCCAUAAUACAGAGAAUUUAGAAUGUAAAUGUUUUAUUUUGUACGUAUAAACUUUUCAAACUUUCCACACUUGAGCCAAAAGAAGCAUUCCAUAUUUAAGCCAACUGAAUAAAAACAUUAAUGAAAAAAUGGUUAAUUGUA